CUGGUUCGAACAUUAAUCCCAACUCUGAGAAAAAUCAGGUCAUGAGGUGGAUAUUUUUCCCAGGACAGGUAACAUUUCAACCCUAUUUAUCCUUUUGAACUUUCUUUUACGCCGACAACUAUUCCACUUUCUUCUUUUAAUAUUAUACCUAAAGAAAAUACCUUGUAGGAAGGCCUUUUACUUUUGGCCAGACCAAUGAGUUAUUGUGUGUGACUGAGCAACAAACAUCAAAGGAUUUGGAAUCUCUUGCAAUAUCUACUCCAACCAAACAUUUAAGUGCCCAACUACCCAUCAAACUUAGACUAGAAUUCGCUUCAACUACCAGUCUUCUCUCUACGGGUUGCCUUUGUCCUUGGACUUCGCUUUCUCCUAUUAAUAGCCGAACACUUGAUAAUGAUUGACCACAUCAACAAACUUCAAGCAUAGUUCCUUCCCCGCAUCUCCUCUUAGACAAACACUGAAACUAUACCCUUCCUUUCUUGAGUCCGUGUAUUACGAUGGCUGACAUGGAUCGCUCUUCUGAUGAUGUUUCUGCAGAUUCUACAGCAGAGCAAACCUGUGAAGCUUCAAAGCUUGAGUUCUCUGAAGAUGAGGAAACCCUUAUAACCAGGAUGUUCAAUCUGGUUGGUCAGAGGUGGUCUUUGAUUGCUGGAAGAAUCCCUGGAAGAACAGCAGAAGAAAUAGAGAAGUACUGGACUUCAAGAUGCUCAACCAGUGAAUAAGCAUCAGAAAAUGGCCCAAGUUUCAUCCACUCCUAGAACAAAGAAAUUUUUUUGGUGUGCUUUAUAAGUUUGUAAAAGCUAGAUAUAUUAUGGUAUAUGCAAAGAUGACCUUACUAAAUGGUACUGGUCUUUCGCGUUUUCACUGUAACCAAAAGGAGCAUGCCACUAUGACGCCUCUGUAAUAUUCUUCGUCAUAACUUGCUAUUUGAAGUGCUAGCCACCUGCGUGUAUCUUCCCAUUCUUAUAGCCUCCAGCACAUGCUAUGGUAAUCUCUCUGGAUGUUUGUUGCUUCUUUGUUUGAAUUGCCAUAUGAGGUGGAAGCCACCUGCGCGUAGCCUAUGGCAUUCUGGGUUGGUACGGAUUCCUUCAAAAUAAGAGAGAGUGGUGAAAGGUGAAAGUUUUUCUGAUGAA